UCACGUGUUUGAGUCAACUCUUCAAGCGGCUUGACAAACUAAACAAGGGCUUUAACUGUUUCAAUUCUCCGUGGAGCUGUUAAACCUGGGGAGACUGACGUCAAAGAUUAGAGAACGUGAAAAAAUGUGCGGAUUAAAGCUAAAAUGAAAGCAUCGGAUCUAACAGGAUCUCUCGAGAAACUAUUACCUAUAAGACCUCGAUAGGCACUUGCCUAUUGUAAAAUCAGCCUUUCCACCUUUCUUCAUCAUUUCCUCCUGUGCAGUGAUUAAGGAGUUCGGCUCGCCUGCUCUCAAUACAUGUCGCAGUGAUCAACAACUAGUCUGUUUCCAACUUCGUAGAUCGCACAGAUCGCAUCACAGCCCAAGAAAAUACUAAACGCUUUUUUUUCCAAGACGGGUUAUAGGAUUGCAUGCAUCAAUGCCAAGAAACUUCAGCAUGGAUACUUCCCCGAAAGAAAAUGGUAUCAUUCCUUGGAAGAUGGAACCACUGUCAAAGGAGAGGCACUUGCCAGAGAAUGGAUUAUCAUCUUUAAAUAGCAAGCACUCUUGUGUUUCAACCAUGAAGAUGUUUCUCUUUGCAUUAUCCUUCGCCUAUUUUGCCAAGGCAUUAUCUGGGAGCUACAUGAAAAGCACAAUAACUCAGCUGGAAAGACGAUUUGACAUCCCUAGUUACUUAAUAGGCGUCAUUGAUGGAAGCUUUGAAAUAGGUAAUUUGUUGGUGAUAGCAUUUGUGAGCUAUUUCGGUGCGAAGCUUCACAGGCCAAAAAUUAUUGCAGCCGGUUGUCUCCUGAUGUCUUUUGGAACAUUUAUAAUAUCCAUGCCUCAUUUCUUCAGUGGACAAUAUAAAUUUGAAACCGCAAUUAGGUCUUCGGUGAACUCAACCAGCAGCCCUUCUCCAUGUCCAGCAAGAUCACUAGAGCCUAUGACAUCAGGUAACAGUCCUUCAAUCAGGUCUAACACAGGAUGUGAAAGAGAAACUGGUAUCUCCAUGUGGAUCUACGUUUUCCUUGGAAAUGUUUUACGUGGAAUUGGAGAGACUCCCGUGCAGCCUUUAGGAAUUUCAUAUAUUGAUGAUUAUGCACGUGCAGAAAAUGCUGCUUUCUACAUUGGCUGUGUCCAAGCAGUAUCCAUUAUUGGUCCUGUUUUUGGCUACUUACUAGGAUCAUUGUGUGCUAGAAUAUAUGUAGACAUUGGAUUUGUGGAUAUGGACAGCAUCACAAUCACCCCUGGAGAUGCCCGCUGGGUAGGAGCGUGGUGGCUGGGCUAUCUCAUCGCAGGUGUGAUCACUCUGUUGUCUGCAAUACCAUUCUGGUUCCUGCCAAAAUCUCUGCCCAUCCCCGGGACAAGACGGAAUUCAAAGUGCUCACCUGAGCAGUCCAGGUUCAUCAAGGAAUCUCAAAUAGAAAACAAAUACAUAGCAGAAGAGCCUGUCAACUUUUCAGAAAUGGCAAAAGAAUUCCUUCCCUCAUUGAAAAACCUUCUUGGAAACCCAAUUUACUUUUUAUACUUGUGUGUAACUGUCAUCCAGUUUAACUCCCUGAUUGGCAUGGUGACGUAUAAGCCAAAAUAUAUUGAGCAACAUUAUGGACAAUCUGCCUCAAAAGCCAACUUUUUAAUGGGAGUCAUCAACAUCCCUGCUGUCGCACUGGGGAUAUUCUCAGGUGGCGUGAUUAUGAAGAAGUUCAAGCUGAGUGUGAUGGGAGCAGCGAAAGUUGCACUGGGGACAUCUCUGCUGGGCUAUGUGUUGUCUCUCUUUUUCUUCUCCAUGGGAUGUGAGAAUUCUAGGGUGGCGGGACUGACAGUGGCUUACAACGGUGUUCAGCAAGUUUCUCACCACGAGAGGUCAUUGUUCGCAGACUGCAAUUCUGGUUGCCUUUGCUCAGGGAAGGAGUGGGAUCCAGUUUGUGGUGCAAAUGGAGUAACCUACAUUUCUCCUUGUCUGGCUGGCUGCAGAGUUUCAAGUGGAUCUGGGAAAAAUACGGUGUUUGAUAACUGCAAGUGUCUGAUGGCCGCUGGCUCUGCCACUGGGAAUCUCACAGCAGUUCUGGGGCACUGUCAGCACAGGGAAGGAUGUGAAAAGGUCUUCCCCUAUUUCUUAGCACUGUCUGUCCUCACGUCCUUUGUCAUCUCUUUGGGAGGUACACCAGGAUACAUACUGUUAAUAAGGUGCAUUAAACCAGAAUUAAAAUCACUGGCCUUAGGAUUCCACACACUGGCCACCAGAACACUUGCUGGAAUCCCUGCCCCCAUAUAUUUUGGGGCUCUUAUUGACACAACCUGUGUGAAGUGGGGCAGGAAGAAAUGUGGAGGACAGGGAGCAUGCAGGCUAUAUGACACCAGUGCUUACAGAGUAGUGUACCUAGGGCUGACUUUGGGCUUGCGAACUGUAUCGUUUUUCCCGUGUGUGGCUGUGUAUGCGCUGUUGAAGAAACACGUACAACAUGAAGCAAAAGACUCGCUCGCCAACAGAGGAGCAGAGGUGGAAUCCUUGAGGAAGGAAGAGGUGAACUCUUUUCACUGUGACCACUUGAUAAGGACAUCAGACUGCCAUCCGGACAAGGAGACCCGACUGUGAAGGGGAGGAUGUGCCUUUUGUUUAAACCUGAAGACGGUGGCGAAAAAGCCACGUUGAAUGUUUUUCUUAGGACAUGAAUGAUACUGAGCAUCAAAAGAAACAUAUCACUGUGUUUAGCCUAUGUAGGCUUUUAAAAAAUGAAGUAUUUGGUUAUGUGAUAAUUACAUAUGUACAGUAAGUCUUCAGUUCGAUGAAUUGAUCAUCUUACUAUGACACACCCCAGACUUUAUUGCACAUGCACUAAAUCACCUCAGUAUCGAGAUCUGAUUGGGCCCACAAUGAAGCCUGAUGUAAAUCAAGAAAGAAAGCACAGAAUGGAAGCCAUGUGUCCCACUUAUCCUCAACACACUGGUAUCAUGCCAUCUGGAUGCCUGGAGGCCAUCCCACACUCUGUUCACCCUGUGGAGGUGUCGUGCUGACAAGAUGUUACAGCUGAACACAGGCCGGCCACAAUCUGGGAGACCUUAUGAGACCUCACAGCAACUGAUGGGGUGAUGACCUGACCACCAUCAUCUAGUUUCUACAGUCCUCCACUCAUAUAGGAUUGAGAGCACAGUGCUUUAGUGAUCACGCCCUUGCUGCCCUUCCUCCUGGCUCGUCCUGGCACGACAACAGUGUAGGAGAACCACGCACAUCCUCGUGAUGCUCUUCACUACGACUUUGUUGUGAGGUGAGGAUGCCUCGUGUUGAUGCCCUACUCACCAGUUUAUGAACUCUACUGUUAAGGCGCAGAAUACUCUGGGAAAAGUGAUGGGAUUUAGGGCUCAAUCCAGUGAACAGGCACAUUCUGGUCUAAUUCUACAACAGGGACAGGUACAAAGCAUGCAUUGCACUUGUACAGCUUGUAUUGCUUCCAGUGGUGGCCUCACAUGCUGCUAACCUGUGUCUCUCAUGGAAGACCUCCAGCUGAUGGCAGAUGAUAAUCAGCGUUAGGAAUAUUACUGCAUCUGUCAUGUCUGUUCAAUAAAAUGUCAAAGCACCUUUUCAAAAAAGAUUGCCAUAAUCUUACGAACAUUAUACAUUUGUUACAGUUUUUGAGUGCUAAGAUUCUUUUGAUGCUCAGUAUAUAUAUUUCAAGUUGACCACUGUAGAUUUUAAAUUAAUACUCUUGAAAUGUGCAUUUGGUGUUUCAACAAAAAUGAAACUAUGAAUCUUUCUUUUCUUGUAGAGAAUAAUAUAAAUCAUUUGGAUUAAUUUUAUGGACAGGAUUUGAAAAAUGUUAUGUUUGUAGAACUUUGUUUUCUUGAUUAACUUUUUUUUUUACUUUUCAAAAAACCCAUGCACAAUAUACUGCCAUUUCACUGUGCAGUUUAUCUGCUACAUUAGUAUGAAGUUUUACUUACUCUUUGGUUCAAAUUCUAAAACAGUGGUACACCAGGCAGUUACUGUAUCUACCUUUAGUGUUGCACUACUCAACAGAAAUCUAUUUCCCAUAUAGAUCACAUACAUUUGAAAGUAUUAAUAUUAGUAGUAAUUAUAAUAUUAUUACAAGCUGUACAUCUUUUAUAUUAAAUGGGCUGGAGCUGUAUUGUUUCUAAAAAGACAAGAACUGAUUUGAUGAGAAAACCAUGUUCAUUAUAUGAGUAAUGGAAAAAGGUAUUCCCUGCAGUGAUUAGCAUUAUAUCCUGUAACCAUUCCUUCACGUAAAUGGAUUUGGUCAUUGCUCUGACAUACUGUAAAUGUAUAAAACGUCUGUUGACUUGGUAGCCUAUAAAGAACAAAAGGUGUUACAUAUGGCUGUCAGUUCAUGGAGGAAUGUCUACUGCUUUCAUUUUCAACUGGACCAAUGAAUUGAACAAUCUGUAAAUAUAUAAAUAUAAAUCAAGAACAGCAGGCAAUAAUUUACCAAUAAUUUAAAUUCUUAUGGGAGUAUAAAACAAGCUAAUCAUUUUAUUGACACACUGGCUUUUUUCAAGAACUAGCUAGAUGACAUCCUUGGAUGAAAUAACUACUAAGUACCAAAUGAGCUAGGUAUAUCCAAUAGUCUGCUCUUAUUUGCAACUUUUCUCAUUUCUAAUGUUGUUAAACUAAUUAUUUUUUAGACAUGAGGUCUUCUUGUAAAUUAUUUACGGUGAUUACUGAGGACAUUCACUUUAUUAAAUGUAUGAUUACUUGGAAGACACAUCAGAGCCUGGUUAGGUGUAUUACCAUCCAUUUUCUAAAGUGUCCAAAACAGCAUUGCAAGGGAGCCAAAGUCUAUCCUUGCAAACAACUUUCGCAAGGCAGGAUACACUCUCUAUGGGACACCAGUCCAUCUUAGGGCAGACACAGACAUGCACAGACUCACACCAGAG